ACCAGGGAAUGAAAGAAUCGCAUGGGACUGGAGCGGACGAUCAAUGCUGUUUUCACUUUUAAAAUGCACUUUAUUUAUUUAUUUUUUAACUUUACAUUUUAUAAUAAAUCCUCGAAUAUAGAUGGAUUAAAGAGCCCCUGGAUGGAGCCUCUCAAUGCGUUUUUUUGACAUUGCAUACUGAUCUAUUACGGUAUUGUGGUGGGUUACAUUCAUUCUUCAGGUGUUUUCAAUUAAAUGCAAGCUGUAUAGAUAAAGCAAUACUUUAUUUCUCUUGAAUAAAUCAAUGGAUUGCAUAAGUCCCAUGCAGAACAAGAGAAGGCGCAGUGGAGAAUUGGAACAGUGGCACACUGAGUCGAAAAGGUUGUGUAGUAGACUGGGAGGCUGUGACCAGGUUGAAUAUGGUGCAGUGAUGGACACUCCAAUGGACACUUGGGAUCCCCCAAAUCACAGCCCCCAAAAUGGACACGGUGGCAAUGGCCAUGUCCCUAGCAUGCAGGUGUUAGCAGCCCCAGGACGUGGUGCAGGACAGGGUUGCCCCAGGUGUAUGGCUGGUGAACCUGGCCAUAUAAACCAUAUCAUGAGGUAUUGAUCUGCCGGGCCGAUGACUCCUGGAGAAAAAAAUGAAUUGACUGAAUGAACGGGAAGACAAAAGGCGAUGCAAUGAAACUGGAGAAGCAGUCUGCACUUUAUUUGUGCUGUGUGGGUUUUUCCGCAUACGUUGUGCCUUUCAUAGAUUUCAAACUCACCUCACUUGUAGUACUGUUUUGUUUUGUAGCAAAAUGCAGUUUACAAUACCAAGCGCAAUCCAGUUAUAAGAAUAGCAAUUAAUGAUGGUUUGGAUCACACUGCAGUUAAAUGUGUAGACACAUUUUGAAUGCGCUGCUUAGCACUAUAUACAUAAUAAUUUAUAAAUAAAUAACCCUGUAAUUCUAAUGUAAACAAAGUCAAUGCAACUAAAUGAGUAAUUUUAUACACUAUUUUUCUAAAAAAUACAAACAGAAUUUUUAUCUAUAAUGCAUGUUAAUCCAAGUGUAUAUUUGGAUUUUUUUAACUGCGUUCUUGUGAAGUCUCCAUGGUUUAUGAUGAUGCGUUCUUCAUUUGGUUUGUAUAGAUUCUGUACCAUAGUAAAAAUGUACUAAUUUCAACCUCAUUUAAAUAUAAGGACAUUUUUUAGAUGGGUAAAAACCCUGACAGUGUUUUGUUUUAUCCUAAUCAGUAUGUUUUGUAUGGAAGCCCAUUUCUGCAACAUUCAAAGAAAAGCAAAUUGUGCUAUGGCAAGUCAUUAUGAGAUACAAAUUCAGAAUUUUGAGAUUAAUAAUUUUGUUAUAAAAAGUCAUUGUUCUGUAAUAGUCAUUAUUAUGAGAGUAAACAUCAGUAUUAUGAGAUUCUAAAUCAAAUGAGACCCUUUAUGAGAUGUGAAGUCACAAUUAAGAGAAUAGUCAAAAUUCAAUUAUGAGAUAAAAAAAAAUCUAUAUUAUGAUUGCCAUAAUGAGGUAAAAAUUAAGAUAAACAUCUCAAAAUAAUGAGUCUUUAUCUCAAUUACAAAUUUGCAUCUCAUAAUUAUCACUUAAUUAAGCAACUUUUUGUAUUUUUAUU